AGUAGCGGCGGCCAGUGCCUGUAGCCACUGCAGGGGCUGGGGCUGUAGGCUUACACACGAAGACAGUAUGGCUUCCAGUCAAAUUGUUCCAGUGGCAGCCAGUAGCUAGUGUGUGUGAGGACGAGGUUAUUGCUGAGAUCACUUUGCAGUCAGCAGCUCGAUGAGUGACGGUUGUGACAGUGGCGGUGGGGACACCGGUGGAGGUUGCGACAGUGGGGGUGGCUUCUCCGGAGGCGGAGACUCCUCCUGGAGCGGCGGGGGCGGCGGUGGAGACCACGGCAGCAGCGACAGCCACCACCACUCAUCCAGCCACUGGGACAGUGGCAACCACACGUCCAGCCACUGGGGCAGCGACAACAAGACCGAGUCCAGCACUGACAACAACGACUGGUGGAAGUCGUAUGGGGCUGGGGCCGGAGCUGACACAGGAACUGCCGACAACGCGAACUGGUCGAGCACCACCAAUUACAACGAUGACAGCAGCCAACGCAAGCGUGAUAAUCGUAGGGGAGGGGGAGGCGGUGACUGCUGCAACCUGUUAUAGCACCAGCAGCAGUCUCAACCCCAUUGGUCAGCAGCGCCGAAGGAUGUCAUCAGCGCUAACUAACUCCUGUUCUUGGGAGUUUUGAUUUUGCGACAUCGAGACAUGGAAUAUGUGGCUGGGACCGUUUAUAAACUUUCGUCUCCGAUUACGGAGACAGAACAAUUUUAUACAAAUAUUUCGUCUGUGGACUGUCGAAUUAACAUAGAACAUGCGUAGCAUUUGUCUAGGCUUGGGAAUUCAAAUUAACUACAGCAAAAACGAAGGACCAAAUUAUUUUAAUACAAAAAGAACUGGUGGUCACCAGAUUAAUUGAAA